AUGGCCAUCGGGAAACUAUGGCUUAGUCGCAAGAAGCAUGCCGAGCCUCCAAUCUUCCUCGAGUGGAGAUCUUCCAGCCCCUUUAUCAUCUUCGUCGUUGUCUUUGCAGUUUUUACGGAUAUCCUGCUCUAUGGAUUGAUUGUCCCUGUGACGCCGACCGCUCUGCACGAACGAGUCGGUCUAUCAGAGGGUGAAGAACAACGGUGGACGUCGAUCUUACUAGCUCUAUAUGGAGCUGCGCUGUUGGCAUUCUCGCCUAUCGCAGGCUACAUCGCCGAUAAAAUCCAAUCUCGGUGGUGGCCUUUGAUGAUCGGCUUGAUUGCCCUGGGCGCCGCGACUGCUCUCCUUUGUGUCGGGAAUCAUAUGGGCCUCUGGGUUGCGGGUCGUUUGUUUCAAGGAGCGUCUGCGGCCGUCGUGUGGACGGUGGGUUGUGCUCUCGUCGUUGACACGGUAAAAAGGGAUGAGUUAGGCCAGGCCAUAGGCUACAUAGGAAUGGGAAUGACUUUGGGGAUUAUGGGAGGUCCUCUUCUGGGAGGUGUCAUUUACGAGCACGGUGGAUACUACGCGGUGUUUGGGCUGGCAUUUGGGCUGGUCGGGCUGGAUAUCGUGUUCCGACUGGUCAUGAUCGAGAAGAAGCACGCCGUGCGAUGGCUUCCACGCGAUACGGCCCGGGAGGAAGCACAAGACAAGGAGAUCACGGCACAUACCCAGGAGACGGACAACCAAAAGUCGCUCGAUAAACCUCAACCUACCUCUACAUCGUCCGGACAAUUACCGAAUGCCCCCGAACCCCCUACCGAGUCCGAUGCAGCUCCGGCUCAAUCCGUGACUCCACAACCUCGGAAGAAGGCCCUGGGAGCUCUCCAGCAUCUACUGGCAUCCGAGCGCAUGCUAGUAUCUUUAUGGGCCUAUUUCAUCGUCUCCGUCGUUCUCACCUGCUUCGACAGCGUCCUUCCCCUCUACGUUGAGGAGACGUUCGGCUGGGCGCAGACGGCACAGGGACUUAUUUUCAUUCCCCUAUCGGUUCCCCAUAUCCUCGAUCCCCUGGUCGGGUAUGUCAUCGACAAGUACGGCGAAUCCCGACGCUACAUGGCAGGCGGGGCACUCAUCGCCAGCGUUCCGAUCCUGGUACUUUUGCGAUUCGUCACCCACAACUCUAUGGGUCAGAAGGUGCUCCUGUGUGCUCUGUUGACACUGACCGGAGUCUGUAUUGCCGUUCUCCUGCCCCCAGUCAUGGUCGAGGCGUCCUACGUGGUGCAAGACAUGGAGGAGCAGACCCCGGAGAUUCUCGGCAAAGGCGGCGCGAUGGCACUCUCCUACGGUCUCUUGAACUCGGCCUUUGCGGCGGGGACCAUCGUCGGGCCCUUUUUUGCCGGCUUCAUUCGCGAGAGUGCUGGAUGGGGGACAAUGACUUGGGCGAUGGCUAUCUUGACGGGGGUGUCGGCCGUUCCGUCGUUGUUGUGUCUGGGAGGCUUCCGACUGAAGCGGAGAAAGAGUGUUGGCAGUUAG